AUGCCAUCGGGUCAAUCGCUGCUGUGGGUUAACCAUGAUGCAAAGAACAUGAAUGCCCUUCCCCAUAGGCAUCGAGUCUUUACCCACGUCCAGAAAAUCUAUAGACCAUGGAAGCGUGGGCAGGAAAUCAAGUCGCUGCGAGCUUCGGCAAAAGUCCCUAUCCUCGCAAAACACCGCAACGACAAGGACGGACAGUACCAGUGUUUCAGCUCUCCUCGAAGCAGCCAUUCAUCAGAAGAAAGCGAGUCGCCUGGGUCCGACACAUGGGAGGGUGGAUCGAAGGCCCUUUCGCUUUCAACAGCGAUAGGAAAAGGCAAUUCCGACCCUUUCGGCGCAUAUCCUAUACCAAUUACUGCCGAGGUCAAUAAUCUCAUGACUUUCUAUCGAGACUAUAUAAUUCCCAGCAUAUGGUACAGAAACUUCAAAACCAAGAAUACCAUGGCCCUUGCUGCUCGUGAAUGGCAAUUCAAUGUGUCCCAUCUCGAAGAUGAAGGGACCACUUACGCUAUUAUUGCGCGUCACGGUAUGGUAGCAACAACAUGUAAUCCAGAAUUGAGAAAACUGGCCUUACAAUAUGUGGGUAAAAGCACUCGGGCGCUGAGAGGGAAGGUUGCGCAAGGGCACGAUUUGCGUCAAUCAUCUUCAUCGUCCAUUAUUGACAACACCGCUAUGCUCUUCAAUGCUGAAACACUAGGCCGCAAUCUGAUCGCAGCAACCGCACAUGGGAAGAUGCUCACUUUCCUCUUUACGGAACAAUGGGUUCGGGGCAAACUCGAUUAUCGACUCCUAAUGUAUGAAAUUUACAACGACUGUCAACUGACGUCAAUGUUCCUUUGUCCGCCGGUAUUUGAUGUCCACCACUGGCUGCCAAUGGUUUUUGAUCCAAUAUGGUCCAACACGACCCGACAGCUCCCCCAGUUUGCUUUUGAGGGCCUUGAUCCGUCUGUUGACAGUGAAGAACUCCAGUUCUGGUUUCAGAGUCGACGAGAACAACUGCAGAUAUAUGGACAGCGAAACGCCGAAGGAGACCUAUUUCUCGAUGUGCCAGUUGUGAUGACAUGGUUCCUAUCGAAAGCCUACGUCUUUCAUGGCCGGAUGAUCAGCCACUACUUGAGAAGCAAGGAGCAAUUUCUGUGCCCAGACUUGAGGCGGGAAAUCAAAGAUCAUCUCCUCGCUCAGCAAUUUAUGGCACUGGCGGCAAUAUACCUCACGCGAGGCCCAAAUUUCAACUUCAAUCCAACUGUGCUUGGAAUUCCGAUGUUCGAGGGAGCAAUCAUUCCUCGCACCCUGCGAGCCUUACUUGAGCAUAGUGAGGUGUCUUCACAACGACCAUCCUGGAAGAAAUACAUCAAUGCCAGGCUCUGGGCGCUUUACGUUGGUGCGCUUCCUGAGCAAGCUGAUGCAUCCAAGGAAGUCAUCCCAGAGGCACAGUGGUUCAUGUUACACUUGGUAAAACUUGCAUCUACAUUGGGUAUUGUGAGUUGGCACGCAUUGCGACAGGUCUUGCGCGGUUUCCUUUACUCUGACAUUCUUAUGGCGCAAGGCUCUGAAUGGUUUGAAACAUUGAUGGUUACGCACUUCGAGCAUGGUUCAUGA